UACUGAAUUUACAGGUAGCCUUCAAAUUUUACGUAUCCAAAUUUUGAAGAAGCUGUUUUUUUGAACGUUGUAUAUUGGCACGCUUACAGUGCAUUAUCAUUUUUACUUCCUGGUCCUCUUAUUAAAUGUUUCCAUAGUAACCAUUUUAUUUAUGGCACUUGCCGCAGUUUCUAAUUGUAUAUUUAUUCAUGUGAUUGAUGACUGUUUCUCUCCACUGCUAAGACUGUAAACAAGUAAGAACCAGGAUCACGCCUUUUUUGUUUCAUUGCUUGGUGUACAGUGCUUUGCCUGAGUAUUUAAUGAAUGAAUAUUAAAGCUUUUAUGCUGGUCUUUAGCUAUUUUGUUGCAUAUGAAUAUUUUUGCAAGUUCUUUUUUAAUAAAACGCAUAAGGAGAAAUGUAAAAAUCCAGAAAUAUAGAAAUGCUGAUAUUAGUGUUACCAGACAAGUGUCUUAUAAACUUAAUAUAACGGAGACAGAUAUAAAUUAGUAGGUGUGAAAAUCUUUACUCUUAAUCAGUUGUUUAUUGUUUUAAGACAGCCAAUAGUUGGCCAGGUGUGGUGGCUGACGCCUGCAAUCCCGGCACUUUGGGAGGCUGAGGCGGGCAGAUCAUCAGGUUAGGAGUUCUAGACCAGCCUGACCAACAUGGUGAAACCCCGCCAGUCUCUACUAAAAAUACAAAAAAAUUAGCCGGGCGUGGUGGUGUACACCUAUAAUCCCACCUAUUCAGGAGGCUGAGGCAGGAGAAUCGCUUGAACCCGGGAGGCAGAGGUUGCAGUGAGCCGACAUUGUGCCACUGUACUUCAGCAUGGGCAACAGAGCGAGACUCCGUCUCAAAAAAAAGAAAAGAAAAAGACAGCCAAUAGUGUAUUCAGUUUGAAGAAAAAAAUUGAAACUAAAAAACAUACAUGGAAUGUUACAAAAAUAUUUAAAAUUUUGUCUAAAUGAACAAGUAUUUAACAAUUUCAGCUUUCUAGAAAUGGAGUCACCCAUUUCUAACAUGUUCUUUGGACACUGGACUGUUGUAUAUAUUUUCAGAAAGACGUGAUUAUUUAGCACUAAACUUUAUCUCUUCAGGACAGGAACUGCGUUUUACUCUUCUUUAUGCCAUUGUGACCUAGAACGUAUUUUGUUCUUAAUAAGUAUUUGUCCACAAGUGAACUAUCACGCAGAAAAAGGAAUCUGAAUCAGAUAGGAUUAAGUUUAUCUACAUAUUACAGAAAAACCCAAAAUAGCAAUGAUGUUGAAGAGAGAGAGCUGUACUUUAAUGUGUAGAAGUACCAAGACAGGCAGUCCAGGAUUGGUGUGGACAGCUCCAGAAGUUCCUAGGCUCUCUCCAGCUUUCUGCCCUAACAUAACUAAGUCUUAGAGUUUGAAAGAGUCUAUCUUGAUAAUCUCCCCAGUGCAUCCAUGUAUGAGCGCAGUUACAUGCAUAGAGAUGUUAUCACCCAUGUGGUAUGCACCAAAACAGAUUUUAUUAUUACUGCCAGUCAUGAUGGACAUGUCAAGUUCUGGAAAAAAAUAGAAGAGGGAAUUGAAUUUGUUAAACAUUUUCGUAGUCACCUGGGAGUUAUUGAGAGUAUUGCAGUUAGCUCUGAGGGAGCAUUGUUCUGUUCUGUGGGUGAUGAUAAAGCAAUGAAGGUGUUUGAUGUAGUGAACUUUGACAUGAUCAACAUGCUGAAACUUGGCUAUUUUCCUGGACAGUGUGAGUGGAUCUAUUGCCCAGGGGAUGCAAUUUCUUCAGUUGCUGCUUCCGAAAAGAGUACAGGAAAAAUUUUCAUUUAUGAUGGCCGAGGAGAUAACCAGCCACUUCAUAUUUUUGACAAACUCCAUACAUCACCUCUUACUCAGAUACGGCUAAACCCAGUUUACAAAGCAGUAGUGUCUUCUGACAAAUCUGGGAUGAUUGAAUACUGGACUGGGCCUCCUCAUGAAUAUAAAUUCCCUAAAAAUGUGAACUGGGAAUAUAAAACUGACACUGAUUUAUAUGAAUUUGCCAAGUGUAAGGCUUAUCCAACCAGCAUAUAUUUUUCACCAGAUGGGAAGAAAAUAGCUACUAUUGGUUCUGAUAGAAAAGUUAGAAUUUUCAGGUUUUUAACUGGAAAACUCAUGAGAGUCUUUGAUGAAUCACUAAGCAUGUUUACUGAACUGCAACAGAUGAGGCAACAGUUACCAGACAUGGAAUUUGGCCGACGAAUGGCUGUAGAACGUGAGUUGGAGAAGGUUGAUGCUGUAAGAUUAAUUAAUAUAGUUUUUGAUGAAACUGGACACUUCGUGCUGUAUGGAACAAUGCUGGGCAUUAAAGUUAUAAAUGUAGAGACAAACCGGUGUGUGCGGAUUUUAGGCAAACAAGAAAAUAUUAGAGUGAUGCAAUUGGCUUUGUUCCAAGGGAUAGCCAAAAAGCAUCGUGCUGCAACUACUAUAGAGAUGAAAGCUUCUGAAAAUCCUGUUCUUCAGAAUAUUCAAGCUGACCCAACAAUAGUCUGUACAUCAUUCAAAAAGAAUAGAUUUUAUAUGUUUACCAAACGAGAACCAGAAGAUACGAAAAGUGCAGAUUCUGAUCGAGAUGUUUUUAAUGAGAAACCUUCUAAAGAAGAAGUCAUGGCAGCUACUCAAGCUGAAGGACCUAAACGAGUUUCGGACAGUGCCAUUAUCCACACUAGCAUGGGAGACAUUCACACCAAACUUUUUCCUGUUGAGUGCCCUAAGACAGUGGAAAACUUCUGUGUUCACAGCAGAAAUGGUUAUUAUAAUGGGCAUACAUUUCACCGUAUAAUUAAGGGCUUCAUGAUUCAGACAGGAGAUCCAACAGGUACUGGUAUGGGAGGAGAAAGCAUAUGGGGAGGAGAAUUUGAAGAUGAAUUUCAUUCAACAUUACGACAUGACAGGCCAUACACACUCAGCAUGGCUAACGCAGGAUCAAAUACUAAUGGAUCCCAGUUUUUCAUAACAGUAGUACCAACGCCUUGGCUUGAUAAUAAGCAUACAGUAUUUGGACGAGUGACUAAAGGAAUGGAAGUUGUACAGAGGAUCUCCAACGUCAAAGUCAAUCCCAAAACAGAUAAGCCCUAUGAGGAUGUCAGCAUCAUAAAUAUUACUGUCAAGUAAAAUAAAAUUUGUUUUAAUGUACUUGCAAAUAAAAAUACAAUAUUAAACAGAUUAUUUUACAUAGGAAGCUUAGGACUUGCUGAAUAUACAGAUCAUGUUUCAAAGAUACAGUAUUUUUGUAUUUUUUAUUAAAGGCUAUUUUUUUAAAAUUA